AUGAUGAACUUAUACAGUUUAACGCUGUUAUAACCAACAGCUAUUUUAAAAGCAGUAUACGGUAAUUUUUCAGGACCUAAAGCUUAGGAAAUUGCUGUAGCUAAAGGAAAAGUUUUAGAAAUUCUCACUCCAGAUGAAAAUAAUUCAGGUAAAUUAAGGGUAGUACACUCAGAAGAAGUAUUUGGUAUCAUAAGGACUAUUAACAUUUUCAGGUUGCAUGGUCAAACUUAAGAUUAUAUCAUAGUUGGUUCAGAUAGCGGUAGAAUAGUUAUUUUGAAAUUUAAUAAAGAAAAGGGAGAGUUUGAAAAAGUUCAUUAAGAGACAUAUGGAAAAACAGGGUGUCGUCGUAUUGUACCUGGUUAAUAUAUAGCAGUAGAUCCUAAAGGUCGUGCUUGCAUGUUUGCAGCAAUUGAAAAAUAAAAGUUUGUAUACAUUUUAAAUAGAGAUAAUGAAGAUAAGUUGACCAUUUCAUCUCCUUUAGAAGCACAUAAAUCACAUACACUUUGCUAUGAUAUAAUAGGUAUUGAUGUAGGCUAUGAAAAUUCAUAAUUUGCUUGUAUUGAGUGUGAUUACGGUGAGGUUGAAUAAAAAGAUUCAGCUGUUCACACUGGAUAAAUAUAAAAAUAGCUUACAAUUUAUGAAUUGGAUUUCGGUUUAAAUCAUGUCGUAAAAAAAUCAUCUGAACCUAUUCCCGAAACUGCUCAUAUGCUUCUUCCAGUUCCUGGUCUACCUGAUGGUCCUGGAGGAGUGUUAAUUGCUUGUGAAGAUAUGUUAAUAUAUAAAGGAAAUAAUUAAGAAUUAAAAUGUAGAUAUCCUUAAAGAUUUAGUACCAGCAAAAUUAUGAUUAACUCCUUUGGUUUCCUAAAGCAAAAAUCAAAAAACUAAAAUCUCUCAUUUUUUUUAUUACAAACUGAAUUGGGAGAUUUAUUCAAAUUAUAGAUUAAAAGUACAGAUGAUAAAGUUCAUGGAUUGACAUUAUAAUAUUUUGAUUCUAUUCCAACUGCUAUUUCAAUUUGUAUUACUAAAACUGGUCACCUGUUUGCAGCAUGUGAAAAAGGAGAUCACUUGCUCUAUAGAUUUAAAUCUCUUGGUGAAUAAGAAGAAAGACCCACCAAAACUACAUCAGCAGACUUCGAGUAAUAGGCUAUUUUUAUUCCUCGUAAGCUAGUAAAUUUAGAACAAGUUGACUCUCUUGAUAAUCUUUCAGCUAUCAGUGAUAUCAAAGUUAAUGAUUUAACUGGCGAAGGUAAUCCUUAAAUAUACGCAUUAUGUGCUGCUGGUAGUAGAAGUACUUUAAGAAUAUUACGUCAUGGUUUGUAAGUCAGUGAAUAUGCAACAAGUAGAUUGCCAUUAAGACCUAACGGUAUUUGGACAAUUAAGUAAAGACAUGAUGAAGGUUUAACAAAAUAUAUUGUGUUAAGUAGCAGCAAAAAAACUUAUGUUCUUUCUAUUAAAGAUACUAUUUCUGCAGUUAAUGACUCCAGUUUAGAUACAAAUAGUCAAACUCUUCAUGCUGGUAUUUUAGAAAAUAAUUGCAUAAUCCAAGUUACUCCAGAAUCAUUUAGAUAAAUUAGAGAUAACAGAGUUACUUUAUAUAAAACAGAAUCAAAUAAAUUCGUGAAAGCAUGCUCUAAUUCUAGAUAAAUUGCAUUAGCAUUAUAAGGAGGCCAAGGAUAACCCGGUGGUGAUAUUAUUUAUUUCGAAUUCGAUCUUGGUGGUUAGCUCAAAAGAAUCGAAGAAAAGGCUAAAUUAACUUCAGAUAUUGAAUGCAUAGAUAUAGGUGAAGUUCCAAUAGGGCGUCCAAAAUUCAAAUUUUUAGCUGUUGGAUGCAAAGAUUAAACAGUAAGAAUUUUGAGUUUAGAAUAAGAUCAAUACCUCUAAAGAUUGAGUUUAUAGGCUCUUCCAGGUAUUCCAGAAAGUGUUAGCUUAAUUGAAAUGAAGAGAGGCACAGGAACUGAGUAAGAAGCUGAGGAAUAUUAACUUUAUUUGUUUGUUGGUUUACAAAAUGGUAUUCUUUUAAGAGCAACUGUUGACUAAGUUACUGGUUCUUUGUCUGAUGUUAGAACUAGAGUUCUCAGCGCUGCUCCUAUUCGUACUUGUAAGUAUGUUGUUUAAGGAUAACCUGCUUUAUUGGCUCUCUCUACUCGUCCUUGGAUAUGUUAUACCUAUUUAGGAAAGUACUAAAUGGUUCCUAUCUCCUAUGAUAUGCUCGAAUAUGCUGCUCCUGCAGUUUUUAAUAUGUAAGGAGAGUAAAAGUAAUGUAUAGUAUCUACUUCAGGUGAGUCCGUUCGUAUUAUUGAACCAUAAAAGUAUGGAGAUUUACUCAAUCAAUAAGUUAUAAAAUUGCGUUAUUCACCUCGUAAAAUGGCAAUCCAUGAAAGAUCACAUAAUAUAGUCUUAAUUGAAUCUGAUAAUAAGGUUUAUAAUGAAUCUUAAAAGAAGUAGCUUAUCGAAUAGUAUUAUAGUAACUAAAACAAAGGUGAUUUAGCCACUCAAGUAGAUCUCUUAACAGCUCCUUCUGGUAACUGGGCUUCUUGUGUUCGUAUAGUCGAUCCUGUUACUCGUAAAACUCUUAAUAUUUAUGAAUUAGAAAAUAACGAGCACGCCCUUUCUAUGUGUAUGGUAAACUUUGAUAACAAAGAUGAGACUUAUGUUUGUGUUGGUACUGUUAAGGAUUAUUAAGUUCAUCCAAAUAGAAAUUUCUCUGUUUGUUAUAUAAAUACUUUCUAGCUUAACGAAAAGUUGAAUACUCUUGAAUUGCUCCAUAAAACUGAGAUAUUUGAAAUUCCAGGCGCCUUGCAUGCUCAUAAAGGAAAAUUACUUGCUGGAUGUGGCACAUUUUUAAGAUAUUAUGAACUUGGUAAGAAGAAAUUAUUGAAAAAAGCAGAAAUUAAAGGUUUACAAUCUCCAGUUAAUGGAAUUUAAACAUUUGGAGAUAGAAUAUAUGUAUCUAUGGUUGCUGACUCUGUCCAUGUCCUCAAGUAUCGCUCUAAAGACUAGACAUUUUAUGAGGUUUGUGAUGAUAUAUUACCAAGAUGGAUGUCUUCCUUUUAAGUUCUUGAUUAUCAUACUUAUAUUGGUGGAGAUAAAUUUGAGAAUGCAUUUGUCUGUAGAGUACCGUCAAAUGCUGAUGAAGAAAUGGAAGAAAAUCCUAUGGCUUAUAAAUUAAGAUGGGAAACAGGAUAUUUGAAUGGAGCUCCUUUCAAAACUGAACAAAUUUGCCACUUUUAUGCUGGCGAAGUAAUAACAACAUUACAAAAAGCAAGUUUAGUUUCAACAGGAAAUGAAAUAGUAUUAUAUGGAACAAGUAUGGGCUCAAUAGGUGCUUAUUUACCUUUCCAAACAAAGGAAGAUAUAGAUUUCUUUAUUCAUUUAGAAAUGUAUCUACGUUUAGACGUUCUUCCAUUGGCUGGUAGAGAUCACGUUAUGUUCAGAUCUUUCUAUGGUCCAGUCAAAUCCGUAAUCGAUGGAGAUCUUUGCGAAUAAUUCAUAAAAUUAAGUUCAGGUAAAUAAAAAGUGUUAGCAGAUGAAAUGGAUAGACAUCCACACGAAGUACAUAAAAAAUUAGAUGAAAUCAGAAAUAAAAUUCUUUGA